UGGCAGCACAACUGGAGUUUGAUGGGUUUUGUGUGGAGUGUGAGGAAUUUCUAAAUUGAUUUCAAUUGAAAUUCACAAGGGAAAAAGUGCACAUUCGGAUUUUUUUCACCUAAAUUGCAAGAUCUUCGCGAGGGGAAUAAGAAAUUUGCCCACUAUCGUGUCAGUGUCUGUAGAUCAAACACUUGGGUGGAAUUUAUUCACUUUUCUCUCUUUCCACUUUUCGUGCUUUGUGCCAUUUGUGUCAAUUAAAUUUUAUUAUCAAGUUGAAUGAAGUGGUGAAGAGAUCGUGUGCGUUUCGGAUAUUUGCAAUAGCAGAGUUGGAGAAAUAGCGAUUCUGCCUAUGGAAAUGUGGUGAAAUGCAGUGUUAAAGACACUGAACUGCUGUGUGUUUUAUCAAUGGGAAGAUUAAUCUAUGAAUAUUGAUAAAGUGAAGUAAAAUAUAUACAGUCGGACGGAGAAAUGUAUUCACGACGAUAUGGGGGACAAUAUGAGCCCGGAGGAUACUCGACCCAGGUGCAGCAGAGGAGUAACAUGACACAGCGCGAGGGCAUUCACAAGUUCGAGAAUGAGCGGAUUAAGACGCUGCAAGAGGAGCGACUUCACAUACAGAAGAAGACCUUCACGAAAUGGAUGAAUUCAUUUCUGAUAAAGGUGAAAAUGGAAGUUGACGACCUGUUUGUGGACCUGGCCGAUGGUAUAAAGUUGCUCAAGUUGCUGGAAAUAAUCUCCGGGGAGAAAUUGGGAAAGCCAAACUCGGGCCGAAUGCGUGUGCACAAGAUUGAGAAUGUGAACAAGAGUUUGGCGUUUUUGCAUACAAAAGUGCGUCUCGAGUCGAUCGGUGCUGAAGAUAUUGUGGAUGGGAAUCCGAGGCUUAUUCUCGGUCUCAUCUGGACGAUCAUCCUGCGCUUCCAGAUUCAGGAGAUUGAAAUUGAUGUGGACGAGGAGAAUGAGUCGAGCGAGAAGAGAUCGGCCAAAGAUGCGCUGCUGCUGUGGUGUCAGCGAAAGACGCACGGCUAUCAGGGUGUUCACAUUCAGGACUUCACGGGCUCCUGGCGCUCCGGCAUGGGCUUCAAUGCCCUCAUCCAUUCCCACAGGCCGGAUCUAUUUGACUACGGCUCGUUAACACCGGGGCGUCACAUUGAGAACCUCAAUCAUGCUUUUGAUGUGGCCGACCGGGAGCUCGGCAUUCCGAAAUUGCUGGAUGCCGAAGAUGUGGACACAACUAGGCCGGACGAGAAGUCAAUUCUCACGUACGUGGCGUCGUACUAUCACACGUUCGCACGCAUGAAGAAUGAGCAGAAGAGUGGAAAACGUAUCGCCAAUAUUGUCGGCAAAUUAAUGGAUGCCGAUCGACGAAAAAUGCACUAUGAGAGACUAACGACAAAUUUACUGGAGUGGAUUCGCAUGAAGACGGAGGAGCUGAAGCAGAGGAACUUCCCGAACUCUUUGGAGGGCAUCCAGAAAGAGUUGGUGGUGUUCAAGCAGUACAUCACAAUUGAGAAGCCACCGAAAUACAAGGAGCGGAGUGAAAUUGAAGCCCUGUAUUUCACGAUAAAUACACUACUUAAGUCGCUUAAUCAGCCGCAGUACAUGCCACAGGAGGGUCAGCUGGUGAAUGACAUUGAGAAGUCGUGGCAGAUGCUGGAGUAUGCCGAGCACAGUCGCGAGGUGGACUUGAGGGAGGAGUUGCUGAGGCAGGAGAAACUGGAGCAACUCAACUACAAGUUCGAGAAAAAGUCAGUUCUGCGCGAGGGAUAUUUGAAGGAGAUGAUUCAGGUGUUGUCAGAUCCGAGAUAUGGAGCAAAUCUGAGGCAAGUGGACGCCACGGUGAAGAAACACGAGGCGAUUUCGGCAGAUAUCCUGGCUCGUGUGGAGCGCUUUAAUGAUCUCACCGCCAUGGCGGAUGAGCUGAGCAAGGAGAACUAUCAUGGGAAGGAAAGAGUGAAGAAGCGCGAAGAGGAAGUGCUGAAUAAAUGGCAGAAACUCUUGGAUUUGCUUGAAAAUCACAAGAACAACCUCACGCAAAUGAGCAAUCUGCUGAAUAUGUUGAGAGAAAUUGAUGCCACGAUGUCGACAAUGAAAGAGCUCCAAGUGCAGUUUGCUUCUGAAGAUGUUGGACCUCAUCUUCUGGGGGUGGAGGAAUUGCUGCAGACACACGCUCUGCAGGAGCUUCAAGUAACUGCCCUGGGAGAGAAUUUGAGGCGUUAUGUGAGACAAUGUGCGGCGCUGAAGCAGUCUGACAUGAAGGAUAUUCCGUUGCUGAUGCAGAAGAUGGAGGAAUUGAAUCAGACGUACGAGGAUCUGCAGAAGCAGUCGGCGGAGAGACGCCGAAAGUUGGAUGAUGCGCGAAACUUUUAUCAAUUCAUCGAGGAUUACGACAAUGAGGAGAGUUGGGUGAUUGAUAAGCAGCGCAUUUGCAAGGCGGUGAUCUCGGCAAAAGAUUUGAGGGCUGUUAUGUCGCUGCAACAGAAGCACAAGGCGCUGGAGGAUGAGAUUAAGGUGCGCAAGCCUAAGUUGACGCAGAUCACAGACUCGGGGCGGAAGCUGAUUGAAUUGAAGCACACGAGAUCAGCAGAGCUGCAGCCGCGUAUUGACGCACUAGAGCAGCACUGGAAGGCGCUCGAGAGUCUGGUGGAGUUCCGGAAGCGUCAGCUUGAGGAUGAGAUCGAAGCGUAUCAAUUUUACACGGAUGCUAAUGAGGCGGAGUCGUGGUUGAAUGAGAAAAUGGCUCUCAUGGCGUCCACUGACUAUGGUGUCGAUGAACCAUCAGCUCAGGCGCUGCUGCAGCGUCACAGAGAUCUUCAGGGAGAGUUGAAUGCCUAUUCGGGUGAUGUGCUGAAUCUGAAGCAGCAGGCGGACAAGCUGAUCAAGGCAGGGAUCAAUAAUUUGGAGUUGUCCGCUGAACCGGAACCCGUGCCGGAAGUCGAGCAGGAGGAGUGGGUGAAUGAGAAGCGCCUGGUGCCGAAGGAGGUGUGGGAGGACGAGGAGGUGGAGAAGGUGGAGCGACGCAUGGUGACGGAGAACAAGAUGUUCCCGCACGUGAAGGCGCUGUACGUGUUCGACGGACAAGGCAUGAAGAUGACCAAGGGUGAGGUGAUGAUACUGCUGAACAAGACCAACAAUGACUGGUGGUCUGUGAGAAAGAUGGACGGGAAUGAGGGCUUCGUGCCGGCGACUUAUGUGCGUGAAAUUGAAUCGCGCAAUGUCCCGUGCAUCGUGCCGAAGCUAGAGAAGGUGAAGACUGUCCAGAAGGUGAAGAAAACUGUGCUAGUCAAUCAGGUGGUGCCAGUGAAGCGAGUCCGACCGACAAAUGUGUCCCAAAUCAAGCCACUCACGAAGCGUCGCCUCGUGAGUGAUAUUGUGGAUGGCAGCGAGAGUGUGGAGAAGCGACUGAAGAAGAUUUGCACGACGUAUGACACUCUGCAAGAUCUGGCACAGCGUCGUCAUCAUCUGCUGGAGGACUCCAUUUGCCUGUUUGGCUUCUUCCGCGAGUGCGAUGACUUCGAGAAGUGGAUCAAGGAUAGGGAGAAGAUGCUGAACAGCAGUGAUUCCAAUGAGAAUGUUGAGAUUGCCAAGAGAAAGUUUGAGAAAUUCCUCACGGACUUGUCAGCCUCGUCGAAGAGGAUUGACGCUUUAGAUGCGGCAGUUGAGGACUUUAUUCAGCAAGGACACUCGCAGCUGGACAAAAUCAAGGCGAGACAGAAGCAAAUUCACCAACUGUGGGAUCACCUGAAUUACUUGAAGGCGCAGAAGGAGAAGAACCUAGCAGGUGCCUCGAGUGUUGAACUCUUCAAUCGAACGUGCGAUGAGGCGAAAGAUUGGAUGAAUGAGAAGAUGAUGCAACUCGAUGCCGCUGAAUGGGGUCGUGACUUGAAGACUGUUCAAGCUCUGCAGCGUCGCCAUCAAAACUUGGAGCGUGAAUUGGCGCCUAUUCAGGAGAAAGUCAAUCGUGUCAACCUGCUGGCCAACUCUGUCAAGAGUUCCUAUCCAUCUGAGCGUGCCAACGUGACUCAGCGCCAGAAUGAGAUCCAAGAGACAUGGAAGAAUGUCCAGAACAAGGCGAAUGAGCGUCGGGCGAGACUUGAGAAUGCCGUGGGGCAGCAGAUCUUUGAGAAUAGCAGCAAGAAUCUGCUGUCCUGGGUGGAGGAGACAAACGCCGUACUGGUGGCGGAUGUCAUUGCCAAGGAUGUGGAGACGGCGAAGAACCUGCAGAAGAGCCACAUGGAUUUGGGCGAUGAGAUUCGCACGAAAGACGACGAGUUCCAGGAGGUCAUUGGACUGGGCAGUCAGCUGCAUCAGCGGAAUCCCAAGCUGAAAGAUGUGGGCGAGAUGAUUGAGACACUGAAGCAAGCGCAGGCUAAUAUUCACGUGAUGUGGCCGGAGAAGCAGAAAUUCCUCGAGCACUGUCUCGAGUUGCAAGUGUUCAACAGGGAAGCGGACAAGAUUGAUGCAACCACGAAGAGUCACGAGGCGUUCAUUGAGCAGAAAGAACUGGGCACGUCACUCGAUGAUGUUGAUGCAAUUCUCAAGCGACAUGCGGACUUCGAGAACACAUUGGAGGCGCAGAACAAGAUCCUGAGGGGAUUCAACGACAAGGCGAACCGCUUGAUUGCCAAUGAGCAUUAUGCAGCGGAGUACAUUGACGAACGUCGAAAUCAGGUGCUGGAGCGAAGACAGGCGGUUAGAGAGGCGGCCCAGGAGAGGAAGUAUGAGUUGCAGGCUUCGAAGGCCUUCCAGCAGUUUGCGGCGGAGGUGGAGGACCUCGAUGGGUGGCUGAAUGAGAAGAUCAAGAUUGCCAGUGAUCAGAACUACAAGGAUCUGUCCAACUUGCCGAGGAAGAUUCAGAAGCACACAGCGUUCGAGAGGGAGUUGCGAGCCAAUGAGGGACAAUUGCGGAAUAUCAACAAGGACGCUGAAGCAUUGAUCGCGACAAAGAACAACGUUGAGCGCGUUGAGGAGAUGGCAAAUGGCUUGAACAAGAAGUGGAAGGACUUGAUCGCCUUGUCAGGAGAUAAAGGACGUCGCCUGGAGCAAGCAGCCGCUCAGAGGGACCACAAUCGCAGUAUUCAGGAUGCCAAGGACAAGCUAAAAGAUUUGGACAAUGGCUUGCAGAGUGACGAUGUUGGGCAUGAUUUGAGGAGUUGCAGGGAUCUUCUGAAGCGCCAUGAGAUAAUCGAGACGGACAUCAUCAUGUGGGAGCAGAAGAUCUAUGAAUUGGUGAGCACGAGUGAAGAGAUGGCUCACGAGGGACAUUUUGAUGCUCGCAACAUCCAGAAAGAGACGAAGAAUAUCCAGAAGAACAUCAAGGAUCUCAAGGUGCCGAUGGAUAAGAGGAAGCAGGCACUUGAGGAGAGUCUGAAGUAUCACAAGUUUGGCUUUGAAUUGGACACUGAAUUGCAGUGGAUCAACGAGCGACUGCCGAUUGCGAAGUCUGAGUCUCUGGGUCAGAAUCUUCAUCAGGCUCAGAGCAUGUAUAAGAAACACAAGAAGCUGGAGUCUGAGAUCGAAGGACACCAACCGAUGAUUACGAAGGCGCUGACUUUCGGUCAGACGCUGAUUGAGCAGAAUCACCCAGAGAAGAAGAAAGUCGAGGAAUUGUGUGAGAAUCUGGAGACAUCUUGGGAAACACUGCUCGCUGAGGCGGCGAAUAGGACGAAGAGACUGGAGAUUUCGCUGAAGACGCAGCAGUAUCUCUUCGAGGCGAGUGACAUUGAGACGUGGUUGGGCGAGAGGAACAAUAUACUGCGGUCUGAUGACUAUGGAAGAGACCGUGAAUCCGCUACGAAAUUGUUGACAAAACACAAAGCAUUGGAGUUGGAAUUGGACACAUAUUCGGGAAUUGUGUCGGAAAUGAGUCACACUGCGGCUGCGAUGGUGGCUGCCAAGUAUCCGGACAGUAAAGUGAUCGCGUCGAAACAGCAGAUGAUCGAGUCGAUGCUGAAGUCACUGCAGAAGUUGGCUGGUCAGAGACAAGUUAAGUUCAUGGAGAGUCUCUAUCGCUAUGAAUACUUCAUGGAGGCGAAUGAGUUGGAGCAGUGGAUCAAUGAGCAGGAACAAGCGGUGUCUUCUGAUGACUACGGCCAGGAUUAUGAGCACUUGCAGGAGUUGCAGAACAAGUUUGAUGAUCUGAAGCAUCACAUUGAAUCGGGAACAGAUCGCUACAAGCAGUGCAUUGAGUCUGGAAGGAAACUGCUGAACAAUGAGUCCCCCUAUUCAGCUGCUAUUGAGAAGCGCCAGGAAGAGUUAGAUCAUGCUUGGAAGAAGCUGCUCAACUCUGUGCUGGAGCGCGAGCAGAAGCUGAAUGGCGCCGGAGAGAUUCAUCGUUUCCACAGAGAUGUGGCUGAGGCUCUGUUCAGAAUUCAGGACAAGAAUGCCAGUCUUUCUAAUGAGUUGGGAAAAGAUCUAAAUUCCGCAUUGUCUUUGAUUCGUCGCCAUGAAGGCUUUGAGAAUGACUUGGUGGCUCUCGAGGCACAGCUUCAAGUGCUGGUGGAAGAUUCUGUGCGCCUCCAGACAAAGUAUCCAUCAAACGCAGAAGCUAUUGCGCAACAACAGCAGAAUGUCAUUGAAUCGUGGAACAUUUUGAAGGAGAAGUCCACGCUGAGGAAUGAUCAACUGGCUGCCAGUUAUGAUCUGCAGAGUUUCCUGGCUCAGGCACGAGAUUUGCUCUUGUGGGCGUCAAAUCUGAGAGCCGCUCUGCAAGCUGAAGAGCACGUCAGUGAUGCGGCUGGAGCGACUGCCCUCAAGAUUCAACACGAUGCCAUUUAUGGAGAGAUCGAAGCAAGAGAGGAGAAGUUCAGGGAACUCAAUGAACUCAGUGAUUCUAUGGUGCAGACUGGACACUAUGCGGCAGCCGAGGUUGAGGACAAGUGUCUGAUUCUUCUGGACGAAAGGCAGAAGCUGCACACAGCGUGGAACAAGAAGAAGAUCCUGCUUGAGCAGAAAAUCGAUCUGUUCUGCUUCUUGCGCGAUGCGAAGCAGAUUGAUAAUAUUUGCUGCUCUCAGGAAGCCACGCUGUCCACAUCGGACUUUGGCAAUACAAUUGAGGAGGUGGAAAAUCAGAUCAAGAAGCAUGAGGCAUUUGAGAAGCUGAUCCAGACGCAGGAUGAAAAAGUGGCACUGCUGCAGAGUCACGGGAGGAAACUUGUGGAGCAGAAUCACUAUGAUUCAGCCAAUAUCCAGAAGGUGCUGAAGGAUGUUGUGGAGCACAGGAGGAAAGUUGUGAAUCUGUGCGCGGUGAGGAAACAGAAAUUGAUUGAUGCUCUCUUGUAUGCGCAGUUUGUGAGUGAUUGCGCCGAAGCUGAAGCGUGGAUCAGUGAGAAGUUGAAGAAACUCGAAGUUGAUGAUAGUUACACGGAUGUGACAAGUUUGGAGGACAAGAUUAAGAAGCUGCAGAAGCAUCAGUCGUUCCAGGCCGAAGUGGCGGCAAAUGAGCAGAGAAUUAAAGAGAUUCAGGACAAGGGUGAUCGUCUGAUCAAGAAGAAGCAUGAAUCUUCAGAAGAGAUUAAACAAGCUGUGAGGAAUGUCCUGAAGUUCUGGAAUCAACUGGUGGAUGAACUGUCGAAGCGUGGCCGUGGUUUGGAAGAGGCGCAGGACAUUCUGGAGUUCAACAAUCAUCUGGACAAACUGGAGGCGUGGAUUCGUGACAAGGAACUCAUGGUGAAUGCUGGUGAUACAGGAAGAGACUUGGAGCACUGCAUGGCUUUGAGGAGGAAGCUGGACGAUGUUGACUCGGAUAUGCGAGUGGAUGAUCAGCGCAUCAAGAACAUCAACGUGUUGACAGAUAAACUACUGAGUCAGGGACCGAAGGAGGUGAAGAAUGUGGAGCAGCGUCGAGACAAUCUCAACAGCAAGUGGAAAGCUCUUCAGGGCGCCUUGAAUGCAUACAGAAAAUUGCUGGAAGGCGCUUAUGAGAUACACGUCUUCAAUCGCGAUGUCAAUGACACGUCUGAGAGAAUCACGGAAAAGGCCUUGGCCAUGAAUUUGACGGAUGUUGGACGGGAUUUGAAUGCUGUUGAGGGACUGCAGAGGAAGCAGGAAGCUCUGGAGCGCGAUAUGACGGCGAUUGAGCAGAAGUUGAGUGACCAUGGAAAGGAGGCGACGCUGCUGAAUCACACUUAUCCGCAGCGCAAGGAGGACAUCCAGACGAAGCUCGAUGAGGUGCACGAGAAUUGGGAGAAUCUCCAAGCUGCCACGGAGAGAAAGAGGGAUUUACUGCAGAAUGGGUAUAUUUUGCACAAGUACGCCAACGAUGUGAGGGAGUAUGAGAACUGGGUGAAUGAUAUCAUGAAGAAGAUGGGCUCGCGGCCAACACCAGUGUCUAUUGAUGAGGCCGAGGUGCAGUUGGAGCUGCAUCAGGAGAGAAAGGCGGAAAUUGAUGGGCGAGAUGAGGCAUUCUCGGUGCUGCAGAAGCACGGGAAGGAGUUGGUGAGUCUGGAGGAAGCCAAGAACAUCAAAAUGAUUGACAUAUCAAAGAAUCUGGAGACGCUGGAGAGUCUUCAUGAGAAAUUGCACAAAGCAUGGCAAAAUAGGGCAGAUCAAUUGAAGGCGACACAUCAGAUGUUGCUGUUUAAGGCACAGGCGGAUCAAAUUGAUCGGUGGUUGAGGAAUAAGGAAGCUUUUCUCAACAAUGAUGAUUUGGGAGAUUCCUUCACGUCCGUUGAGGUGCUGAUAAAGAAGCAUGAGGCAUUUGAGAAGCUCUUGAAUACCAAUCAAAUUGAUGAUCUCAAGGAUUUUGCCAAUGCUGUGAAGUCUUCCAAGGGAAUAGAUCAGCGUGUUGUGGAGCAGCAACUGGAAGAGAUUGAGGCUAGAUAUUCUAAACUUCUAGCAUCGUCGACUGAGAGGAAGUUCCGUUUGCAACAAUCUCUGCAGUAUCAGGAGUUCCUGAGAAAGCUGUACGAGGUGGAAAAGUGGCUGCACCAGAAGAUGCAAGUGGCUCUGGAUGAGAAUUAUCGCGAGGUGAGCAAUCUUCAGAGCAAAAUCCAGAAGCAAUCGGCCUUUGACUCCGAGUUGAAUGCCAAUGUGCACAGAAUAAACGCAGUAAUGAAGGAGGGCGAGAAGCUGAUCGAUGAGAAGCACUAUGCCAGUGAAGAGAUCCUUUCGCAUCUGGAGUUUCUGGAGACGGAGUGGGCGAAGCUGCAGGAGUUGUCGCGAGAGAAGAAGGAGAGAUUGUCCCAGGCUUACGAUGCUCUGAUCUUUGAUCGCAGUAUUACGGAGUUCAACAAGUGGAUGGAUGAAGUGGAGUCUCAUCUCUCGUCUGAGGAUUAUGGGAAAGAUUUGGCUUCGGUGAAUAAUCUGCUGAAGAAGCAUGAGAUGCUGGAAGCUGAUGUGGCGCAUCAUUUGGACACUUGCUACAGCAUGAGGAAGACGAAUGAGGAGUUCUUGAAGAUCAAUCACUUCAUGCAGGAGGAGAUUCACGAGAAAGUCAUGGCUGCUGUCAAGCGCUAUUAUUCUCUGGAGGAGCCAAUCACAAUUCGUCGGGAGAAUAUUGAGGAUUCGCAGUUGCUGCAUCAAUUCUUGAGGGAUGUCGAUGAUGAAUUGCAGUUUAUUGAUGAGAAACUCCCAUUGGCGGCUUCGACGGAUCUGGGCAACAGCUUAUCAGCGGUGCAGAGCUUGCAGAAGAAGCAUCAAGCGCUGGAGACGGAGAUCCUCUCCGAAGAUCCCAUCAUUUCGUCCGUCAUCCAACGUGGGCAUCAGAUGGUCAAGGAUGACCACUACGCGAAGAAUGUAAUUGAAUCGCGAUCGGGUGUGCUGCAGAAGAAGCUGGUGACUCUGCGAGAUCUGGCUAGUGUGCGGCGAUUACGACUCCUGGACGCUGUGGAGAGUCAGAUUCUCUACACAGAAGUGAUCGAGGCUGAGACGUGGAUGAAGGAUAAAUUGCCUAUUCUAGCGUCUCAUGAUUAUGGGAAGGAUAAUGGCUCUGUGCAGAGUUUGCAGAAGAAGCUGGAGAGUCUGCAGCGUGAACUCACAGCUUUCCGCGCCAAUGUGGAGAAGAUCGACAACUUGGCUCAGGGACUCAUUGAUCGUGGGCACUUUGACACGGAGAACAUUUCAGCGAAGAAUGAGAACAUAAAGAAGCUGUAUGAUAAACUGUGCACGCUGUCCAUGGAGCGUGAGAAGAAGCUGAAUGAGAGCAAGAAGUACUUUGAAUUCAUUCGCGAGGUGGAUGAGUUGCAUGAAUUCAUUCAUGACCAGAUCACUGUAACGGCGUCUGAUGAGUAUGGAACAGAUGUGGAGCAUGUGGAACAGCUGAUCGCGAAAUUCGAUUCUUUCAUCUCGAAUCUGAGUGCUAACGAGGGACGCGUGGCAGCUGUGGUGGCCAAGGGGAAUCAGUUGCUAGAGGAGAAGAACUCCUAUGACUCGCAGAUUUCGGUGAAAGUGGCCGAGACGAAGCAAUUGUGGGAUGAGCUGAAGGAGUUGGUACAGGCGAGGCAAGAAGCUCUGGCUGGAGCGAAGCAAGUGCACGUGUACGACAGGACAGCUGAUGAGACAAUCGCGUGGAUUAACGAAAAGGAAACCGCCCUCAUGUCGGAAGACUACGGUCAGGACUUGGAAACAAUUCAGUCUCUCAUCCGUAAGCAUGAGGUGUUUGAGACGGAAUUGAAGGCUGUCAAGUUGCAAAUGGAUGUGGUGAUGAAGGAGGCCACGAAGCUGGCUGACACUUUCCCAGAUGCCAAGGAGCACAUCGAAGUAAAGAGGGAUGAAACAGUCGAAGCGUGGUCGGAUUUGAUCAUGAAGACACAGGCGAGGAAGGAGAAAUUGCAACAGGCUGAACAGCUGCAGGAAUACUUCGAUAACUACAGAGACUUGAUGGCAUGGAUCAAUGAACAGCUGGCAAAUAUCACAGCUCCUGACUUGGCUAUGGAUGUUCCCUCGGCAGAGGCGCAGAUCAAACAACUGGAGGAGAAUAAGCAAGAAGUGGACUCGCGGAAGGAUGCCUUUGAGAAGUUCUACACUGCUGGAAAGACGCUGAUCGAUAACAAGCACUUCCUGGCGCAUGAAGUGAAGCAGAAAGUUGGUGUUCUGGAGCAGAGAUACAACUUCUUGCAGCACACAUUGGCUGAGAGAAAGAAGAUUUAUGAGUUAAAUCACGAUACAAGGGUGUUUAUGCGAGAGGCAGAGAUCCUGGAGAAUUGGAUCAAUGGACGACAGGCAUUGGUUAAGGAUGUGGAGUUGGGAGAUUCAAUUCCGCAGAUUGAGGAUCUGAUUAAGCGUCAUGAUGACUUUGAAAAGACGGUGUCGGCACAGGAAGAGAAGUUCAAUGCUGUGAAGAGGAUCACGAUGCUGGAGCAGCUCAUGAGGAAGCAGAAGGAAGAGGAAUUGGCGGCGCAGAGAGCGGAGAAGGAGCGUCUGGCCAAGGAGAGGUUGGAGAGUCUGAAGCAGAAGGAAGUGCAGAGGAUUACAGAAGAGAGGAGGAAGAAUGAGAAGCAAGUGGACAAGAAUGGCCCAACAGAGCCCACAAUGGUAACAACAUCGAAGAGCCUUGUGAGCAUUUCUGGCCAGGAGAAUGCUGCAUCUCCCAACUCCAUUCCGCAAGCAACAGUACAAAAGUCCAACUCAGUGACAACAUUCUUCGGGGAGCGUCUCAGGCGUGGAUCUGAGGGCAAUAUCAAGCGCGCGGAGAGCAUGAAAGUGGGUCCCAAGCAGCCCAAGAGAACGCCAUCUUUCACGACGAGACGGCGUGCGCACAGCUUCCGAAAAGACAAAGAUAGCAGUCUCUUGCCGCCGAUUGAAGUGCAGGGUUUCUUGGAGAGAAAGCAUCAGUUGCAAUCGGCCGGCAAGAGGGCGCCUGUGAGAUCCUGGAAGAACUUCUACACCAUUCUCUGUGGACAACUGCUAUGCUUCUUCAAGGAUGAGGAGGAUUGCUACCAGAAGCGCGCUGCCACAGCGCCAAUCAACAUCUUGAAUGCCAAAUGCGAGAAGGCUGACGACUACACGAAGAGGAAGAAUGUGUUCCGUCUGGUGUUGAUGGAUGGUUCUGAGUUCCUCUUCCUCGCUGCUACAGUUCAUGAGAUGACGGAUUGGAUCAAUAAGAUCUCAUUCCACGCGAAAUUGCCGCCGAAUCUUCAACUCAUGAGUUAUGACGACACUCUCAAGCAAAUGGGAGAGGGAAGUCCUGACGUGAAGAGUCUGACGGGAACUGAAGGAACAGAUGCAUCAUCGCUGAGUUCGAGGACUUCCUCGCCGGACUCUCAAGUGCGUGGCUCGAGUGAGAAGUCACCGAGUACACCACAGAUAAACUUCCUGCAGCGCCAGAAGGAGCUGAAGGAGAUGGGAAAUCAGCCUCCGCACACCGGGCAGAUGGAGAAGCCUCCGAUUCCGCCACGAGGAGCUCCACCACCGGCACCUCAGCGUCAGAGUAGCGUUCAGGAAGUGCAGCUGAGGAGUCGCAGUCAUUCCAAUGGAGUGCCUCCGGAUGGCUAUGAUGACAAUAGCAAUUAUGAGAAUCAAAUGCAGAGACCACAUUCCAUGUUACCUACCUUGCAGAGCAGCACAAACAAUGGAGAUGAGGCAUGGAUGCGCCAAAGUGAGUUUAGACAGUCAGACAAACCACCACCUUUGCCGGCUAGUCUGCCACCGAUGGCUGGUGGCCAGUACAGACCAAUGCCCCACCAUCCGGCAAAUUAUCACCCGGAAAGUUUGCAUCACAAUUUGCACCGCAUCCAUCCGACACCACAGGUGCCGAUGAGACAUCCGGCGGAUUUGAGUUACUCAGCAGCAGAUGCAAGAACAAGCUGGGGGAAUGCGAGGCACGACACAACUUCAGUCACCGUGCGGCCGAUGUCAAUGCCACAAGAUCCCAACCGCUUCCGGGCGUCCACCAAUGAGAGCUCCAGCGAGAGUGAAUCCGUACAGUCCGGGCGGUCGAGUGUGAGCGGAAAUGGGAAGGAGAAGAAGACGGGCAUGUUUAGGAUCUUCUCCAAGAAGAGGAAAUCGUAAGCGACGGAGAUUUGUCCUACUAUCAAUACCUUUUGUUAAAUGAGAUAUACGUAUAUAUAAAUAAUUCUCUUUAUAAAUAUCAUUGCGGUUUACAUAGUUCUAUAUACAGUUUAUAAAUACUAUACAUAAAUAUAUCGAAAGUAUUGUAAUGUGAGAGAAUAUACAUAAAGAAAAAAAACUAACGGUUUCGGGCUAAAGUUUCGAUGAUGAGAAAUACAGUAAAGAAAAAAAACUACUAAUAAUUUCUAGUAUUAUUUUCCUACGUAAAAAAAACAAGUAUAAAUACAGAGCUUUCUUUAAAUAUUUUGUACAUACGUAAAAAUCUAUAUAGAAGUAUAAAUAAACAUUUUUCAAUAAA